AUGCAUGAUCUCAUCCAUGACCUUGUACAAUCAGUCGGACAAGGUGAGAGUUUGAUAGUAGACUCUGCAAAGACGAAAGGCAUCUCUAAAAAUGUUAGACAUCUAACAAUUUUGAAAAGUGGCCAAAAUAUUUCAACAACCUUGCAAAAGUUGAGUAAAGUGCGGACUAUUGGAGUAGAGAGUUAUGAAAAUAUUGAUGAAUCCUUCCUCAGCACUUGCAUUUCAAGAUUCAAAUAUCUGCGGUGCCUUGGAUUAGUCAAUGCAUCUUGGGAAUUGUUGCCGAGUUCCAUUGGUUCUUUGAAGCAUUUGAGAAGCCUGAACUUGGCUGGAAAUGAAAGAAUCACCGCACUACCCAAUUCAAUCUGUAAGCUGCAGAGCUUGCAAGCUCUGACUCUCGGUAGAUGCGUGAAUCUUGAAGAGUUGCCUGGAGACGUGAGCAAGUUGAUCAGCCUUAGAUGCCUCGAAUUUACCAUAAAACAAUCAAGUUUUCCAGAGAAUGGAGUGGGAUGCUUGCCAUCACUUCGAUAUCUUUGUAUUCAGGAGUGUAGUAAUCUAACGUGUUUGCCGCAUGAUACGAGUUAUCUUGAGUCAUUACGCACUCUGAUCAUAGCCAAUUGCAAACAACUUGGUUUGGUGAUGGAAAACUAUCAAGGAAUUCAACUGAGGCUCCAAAAAUUGUGGAUUGUAGGAGUACCACGAAUGGUGGCAUUGCCUGAAUGGUUUCAAGGAGCCACAAACACACUACAAGACUUGGGUAUAGAAGAAUGUGAGAACUUGGAGGCAUUACCUGGGUGGUUGACGAGUUUCACAUCGCUUAGAAGGCUUAUGCUCGAAUCAUGUCCCAAACUGUUGUCUUUGCCAGAGGAGAUGCACCGCCUCACUGCCUUAACAGAACUUAGAAUCACAAAGUGUCCUGAUCUGGAGAGGAGAUGCCAGCGCAACACAGGAGAAGAUUGGCCAAAGAUUUCUCAUGUUCCAAAUGUUUACUUUGAAUAG